UGGUAACUAACAAUUCCAUUUCUAAACAUGUCUCGACAGCUACCCGAUUUGAAUUCGGAUAACGAAAAGGAUCCAGAUGACACGAAUGAUAUUAACCUUCCAGUCUCGGAAAUGUCUAUGAAAUCACCUAAUGAAAUUCUCUCCCUAGAAGACAUAGCGAAUGGUGUACUGGCUAGAUUGUUUGACGACGACCCAGACUUUCCACCAAACCUAACCUCACGAGAAAGUCCAAUCCGCAAAAGGGCCCUUUUCACUCAAGAUUUAGAUUCGAGUUUAGGAUGCGUCUAUCCAAAAACUCCAAUUAACAGAUCGCCACGUAUGGGUCGACAGCUAUUUAUACCAUCCUCCUCUGGUCAAACAAGUCCCAUUAAAUACAGGCAUAAGUCUCCGACGAGUCGUGCACAUUCGCCACAUCCGUCACUAACCAAAGAUGGCAUCGUCAACUGGAAUGCCAACGAUCCCAUACGAAAAACUCGAUCAAUCGCGCUACCUGCAAUAAUAAAUACUUCUUGGCCGAGAACCGGAGGAACGGCUUCUACUCCUGAUUUAAAAGUCGAUCAUCAUGGAGUCAUUAUAGACACUGUACCACAAAAUACGGAAAGAGAUAGUAUUCGGAGGAUCCUUUUGACACGUUCCGUGUGCUACUACAACUUCCGGCUUGUUCAUGAUAUUCUCAACAGUAUUGUCCUGAUUGCAGGUCUUGUUUAUUUGGUAGCGGCAAUCGCAUUGGCAGUGCACAAAAGUACUGUUCUGAUAAUAUUGGAUUUUAUCAUUUAUCAAUCAUCGUUAAUGUCUCUAUUCUUUGUUGCUGUGUCACUUUUGAUUUUGUCACUGAGUGGUCUGUGUUUGUUGCAAAAAGGACCAAGAAAAACUGUAGCACACGCAGCAUCCUGUUUUGCAUUAGCGGUUGUCUUGGUGACCUUAGCAUUCGUGCAGGCAAAUUUACAAAUGAAAAUUUUGAUCAAUGCUAAGGAUCAUAUGUUAUCCAAUAUUCAGGUCGAACCGGAAAUCGCCAUUGAAAAUGUUUGGAAUUAUUUUCAGCAGUCAUUUAAGUGUUGUGGAGUUCGUGGAUAUUUGGAUUGGUGUCAGAAGGUGAAUCCCAAUCUUGAAAUGACGUUUAACACUGCUGAAGAUUUCUUAGGUUCCUUCACUUGCAAACUUCCUGAAUCAUGCUGCGAGGAUGACAGGACACAGAUGAUAAUACCAAUGAAAUUUAGAUAUACCUCUUGCGUGGAUUUACCGACACCGUGGAAUAUCCAUAGAGUGGGAUGUCUAUUUCCUGUUAAAACAGAAAUAUCCUAUUUGGGGAAACUUUAUAGAAUUAUAAAUUACAGCGUUUCCGCUGUCCUGCUAUUAACCACAAUUACUGGAAUGAUACUAUUUGUCCACCUUUGAAACUGAUUAUACAUACAAUAAACUGUCAUGUUCAACAAUAAAUCACAAAUGACUUUCUAACUAGCGUGUAAUAAUUUUUCAACAACUUUUUUGACGUAUCAGAUACAUACACCAUACAAAUUUUACCAAAAGAUUCGAAGUAUCGUAAAAUAUGGAAAGCCUACGGUGUCGCCCACAACGUUGCCAACGUUAAAAGAAGAAAAAGGCCAGAUAAUAAUAAUUCUAAUUACACGAAAUUCUUAACGUCAUCCGAUAGGCUAAUGCUAAUUUACCGAACACCGUAAAACCUAAUAGAACGAUCAAACUACAAUUUCCAUAUUGCUAUGCCAUAUACCGGGA